AUGUCGCAAGGCAAUAUGACUAGGUACGAGGGUGCUGAAGGCAAAGGGAUGUCGAAGACACAAAUCUUGCAUGUCGUAAGGCGAUGUGGCAAGGCACAAGGGUGCCAAAGGCGACACAAGAUGUGGCUAGGCACGGGAGUGUCGAAGACGACACAAGAUGUGGCUAGGAACGGGGGUGCCGAAGGCGACACAAAGCUUGCAUGUAGUAAGGCGAUGUGGCUAGGCAUAAGGGUGCCGAAGGUGACAAAAAGUUUGCAUGUCGCAAGGCGAUGUGCCUAG